AUGUGUGCUCUAGCUCUGGCAAUGGAAGAGAUUCCAUAUCAAAAGGGCCUUCAGAAUUCAACAGAUAGUUCUCGCAUAGCAUCAGAAAUUCUUGCUCCGGCUCACAUUUUUCGGUUAAUUAAUGUGGUCGGGAAAAGUUACAGAGAACUUGGAUACUGGACUGAGAAUUUAGGUUUCUCAGAGAACAUUGGCAUUCGUGGUAAGUACAACAAAUCAAUGAGAAUUCUAGGACAAGUAUUUUGGCCAGGAGGCCCUUGGUCAGUUCCUAGAGGAUGGGCAGCACCAACAAGUACUGAGCCACUUAAAAUUGGAGUUCCUAUGGGGAAUCAAUAUAAAGAAUUUAUACAUGUCAAACAUGAUAAUCGUAAGGGUAUGACUGUUACAGGCUUUUCCGUUGAUAUCUUCAAAUCCGCCCUCAGCUUUUUACCUUAUACAUUGCCACAUAAUUUUGUUCCUUUCAAGGGAACCUAUGACUCUUCGGUAGAACAAAUUAAACUUCGGAUCGUUGAUGCAGUAGUUGCUGAUACAGCUAUAGUGGCCAACCGGUGCCAAUUUGCAGAGUUCACGCAGCCUUAUGCUGAUCCAGGCCUGCAGAGGCAAUACAACAACCAGUUUGCCCAAGGCACUAUUUGGGAGCAAAUUGGAAGAAUGCUCUCAACUGCUUUCAUCACAAUAUUUUCACUGAAGGGAGAUAAACUGCACAGCAAUUUGUCUCGGACGGCAAUGGUCGCAUGGCUUUUUGUGGUAAUAGUCAUUACUCAAAGUUUCAUUCCUAACUUGACAACCUUGCUUACUGUUCAAAGACUUGAUCCAGUAAUGGUUGAUGUUGGAACACUGAAGGAGAGUAGAGCAAAAGUUGGGUGUGAUGGAAACUCCUUUGUUGUGAAAUAUUUAGAACAUGUCCUAGGUUUCGAUGCUGAAAAUAUAGUACGAAUAUAUUCAGGAGAUCAAAAUGCUCAGGUUCUUGCUAGUGGAGAGAUAAAUGCAGCAUUUCUUGAAGUUCCAUGUGUCAAAAUUUUCCUAGCCAAAAAUUGCAGAAGACUUGCCUCUUCAGGACCUACUUUUAAAGUCGGAGGUUUUGGAUUUGUGGGAGUUUCCAAGGAGUUCUCCAUAUCUUCUGACAUCUCUGAAGCAAUUUUAAGCCCUAUGGAUCCUGCUCCAAAUGAAGUUUGCUUGCCUGAUAGACAGCAACCACAGCAUGAUCCUGUUGAAGAUGAGAAUCGCCAGCCUAAUGGAUUUAAAGAUCCUAUUGAAGAUGAGCAUUGGUCGCCUGAUAUACAGGAAUUGCUUAUUCUGAUUGCAGAAGAACAUCAUUUACCUGGUAGACUGCGAGAUCCUGUUGCAGAUGGGCAUUGCUCGACUGAUAGACAGCAGCAGCAGCACGAUCCUGUCGCAGACGAACAUCAUUUGCCUGAUAGACAGCAGCAGCAGCACGAUCUUGUCGCAGACGAACAUCAUUUGCCUGAUAGACAGCAGCAGCGGCAGCAUUAG